AUGAGUUCGUCAAAUACAUGGAGCUUUGGAAGCACAGUCUACUCUCCUGUAUUUUCACAGAAAAUGACGCUGUGGAUUCUGCUCCUGCUAUCGCUCUACCCGGGCUUCACUAGCCAAAAAUCAGAUGAUGAUUAUGAAGAUUACACUUCUAAUAAAACAUGGGUGUUGACUCCAAAGGUUCCCGAGGGUGACGUCACUGUCAUCUUAAACAACCUACUGGAAGGUUAUGACAACAAACUCCGGCCUGAUAUAGGAGGUAUGAAGAAGCUUUGGUGAAAACCGACAUUAAUUCAAACGGAUAUGUAUGUGAACAGCAUUGGCCCAGUGAAUGCUAUCAAUAUGGAAUAUACAAUUGAUAUAUUUUUUGCCCAAACCUGGUAUGACAGACGUUUGAAAUUUAACAGUACCAUUAAAGUUCUCCGGUUGAACAGCAACAUGGUGGGGAAAAUUUGGAUUCCAGACACUUUCUUCAGGAACUCCAAAAAGGCUGAUGCUCAUUGGAUCACCACUCCCAACAGGAUGCUGAGAAUUUGGAAUGAUGGUCGAGUUCUCUAUACCUUAAGGCUGACCAUCGACGCUGAGUGCCAGCUGCAAUUGCACAACUUCCCGAUGGACGAGCACUCCUGCCCCCUGGAGUUCUCCAGCUAUGGCUAUCCACGUGAGGAAAUUGUUUAUCAGUGGAAGCGUAGUUCUGUUGAAGUGGGUGACACGCGAUCUUGGCGGCUCUACCAGUUUUCAUUUGUUGGACUGAGGAACACCACUGAAGUAGUGAAGACAACUUCUGGAGACUAUGUGGUCAUGUCUGUGUACUUUGAUCUGAGCAGAAGAAUGGGGUAUUUUACUAUCCAGACCUACAUCCCCUGCACACUCAUUGUGGUUCUAUCCUGGGUGUCCUUUUGGAUCAAUAAGGAUGCUGUUCCUGCCAGAACAUCUUUAGGUAUCACUACUGUCUUGACCAUGACCACUCUCAGCACCAUAGCCCGGAAAUCUCUGCCUAAGGUCUCCUAUGUCACGGCAAUGGAUCUCUUUGUAUCUGUUUGCUUCAUCUUUGUGUUUUCUGCUCUGGUGGAAUAUGGCACCCUGCAUUAUUUUGUCAGCAAUCGGAAACCAAGCAAGGACAAAGACAAAAAGAAGAAAAACCCUCUUCUUCGGAUGUUUUCCUUCAAGGCCCCUACCAUUGAUAUCCGUCCCAGAUCAGCAACCAUCCAAAUGAACAAUGCCACACAUCUUCAAGAGAGGGACGAAGAAUAUGGCUAUGAGUGUCUGGAUGGCAAGGACUGUGCCAGUUUCUUCUGCUGUUUUGAAGACUGCCGAACAGGAGCCUGGAGACAUGGGAGGAUACAUAUUCGCAUUGCCAAAAUGGACUCCUAUGCUCGGAUCUUCUUUCCCACUGCCUUCUGUUUGUUCAAUCUGGUUUACUGGGUCUCUUAUCUUUAUCUGUGA